AUGCCUGAAAUGGUAGAAGAUUGGAUUAAUGAAUUAAAAAAUGUUCUACAGAACCCUGAUGAAAUUUUUAUAGAAGAAAGAGAUUCAUUUGGAUUAUUUGAAGCAUUAGAACAAAAUGAGUUUAAAGAACAAUUUGUUGCAUUUUCGAAAGUUGAUUACACCCAAUUACAAAG